AUGCCGCGAGGUGCAACCUUGAUGCGCUUGUAUGCGCGUGCUCCUCCUCCUCUCGCCCUCGCGCGCGCAUUCAGCAACACAAGCUCUGCGCACGCCGCAGCCUUCGAUACGCACGCGCUGACUACGCGAUUGGAAGCUACGGGUCUAUCGCCUCAACAAGCCGAUGUGCUGGUUGUGGCUUUGAAGGAUGCGGUGGAUGAGAGCAUUACGGGAUUGGAGAGCGGAUUGAUAAGGAGGGAAGAGGCGGAGAGGUGGAGGUACAGCCAAAAGGUGAGGAGAGGCGCGCGCGCGCGCGCGCGCGUGCGUGUUCGAAUGUCGUGACGCUAUGGAACGCGGACGGUUGACGCAUGCCCACGCACGCACGCACGCACGCACGCACGCACGCACCCACGCACGCAAGGUCGACUUUGCACGCUUGAAAUCGGACAUUCAGUUGUUGGAGAGGAAUGAAUUCGCGUUGAUGAAGGGGGAGAAUGAGAGGUUGAUGGCGGAAGUGGAGAGGCUCAAGCAGCGUCUUAGGGAAGAGAUUACGCGCACCACUGCCGGUGUACGUUUGGACUUGUCCCUCGAAAAGGGUGAGUGCGGUGGCGGGCGAGCGAGCGAGCGAGCGCGGCGCUGACGUUGCGUGCGCUGACCACGCAUUACUCUCGCUCACGCGCGCUCACGCUUCCCUCGCUCACGCGCUCAGGCCGACUCAGGGACGAAUCGUCGGUGCAUGCGCUCAAGAUCAAAGAAGUGGACACGAGGAUAGAGAGCGAAAUCGCUACGCUUCGAACGGGUAUUCAGAGCGCCAAGUUUAAUGUCUUGCAGACGCUCACUGGUGUGGCUACCGGUGCGGGUGCCUUGCUGCUCGCGUGAGUUGCGCCAGGGACGAUGGCUGCCCGCGCGCCCGCGCGCCCGCGCACGAGACUCGACUCGAACUCACAACGCUCACGCGCGCGCACACACAGGUACAUUCGUCUCAUGCGUUGA